AAUAAAUGUUUGAUGAAUUAAUCGAAUUAUUAUUAUUAUAAUUAUGUUAAUAAUAAUUUUUAAUUGCACAAGGAAAUGAAAAUGGGGCCCUUCGCUUUCACCAAAAUUGAGAUGGAGAAAUCGCCAUGAAGGAUCCUCCGCCCGCCACCGCCGACCACGACGGCGCUCGCACCUCUGCGCUUUAAAUUCCCGCGCGCGCACGCCUUCGAUUCCCCCGCUCCCCUUCGAUCUCUUCUUUUCCAGUUUCGGAGGUGAUUUUGAUCUCCGGAGCGGCUUCGGUUGCUUUGGAUCGAUCGAAUUUGGGGUAUUCUCUUUUUUGCUGUGGAUUUGAGUAGAAUCUCUGUUCUCGGUGUCGGAUUUGGGACGAGGAGCUUCCGAUUUCGAAGCUGAGCUCGGUCAAAAGGGAGAAAUUUUUUUGUUUAAAAAAAAUUUGGUCCUGGGGUUUGGGUUGUCGAUUUCGUGGAGAAAAGUUGGGGAAAAAAGGGUGCUUGAUGCGAUAUUCUUGAUCGAUCACGCGUGCGUUUGAUGGGCAACACAUGCCGCGGAUCUUUCGGGAGCAAGCACCUCUACGAGCCCGCGGAUCGAUCCGACUCUAAGCGGAACCAGAACCUCCACUCCUCCGACGCGCCACCGACGAAGCCCGCCGCCGUCGCCGUCGCCGUCGCUAGCCCCAAAUCGAAGCCUCCGCAUUCGCCGACCAAGCCCGCCGUCAUGAGGCGCGCGGGGUUCGACCCGAACACCAACUACGUCCUCGGGCACAAGACCCCGAACAUCCGCGAACUCUACGAGCUCGGCCGGAAGCUAGGGCAGGGCCAGUUCGGGACGACGUACCUGUGCACGGAGAUCGCGACGGGGAACGAGUACGCGUGCAAAUCGAUCUCGAAGAGGAAGCUGAUCUCCAGAGAGGAUGUCGAGGACGUGCGGCGCGAGAUCCAGAUCAUGCACCACCUCGCCGGGCACAAGAACGUGGUCACCAUCAAGGGCGCCUACGAGGACCCGCUCUACGUGCACAUCGUGAUGGAGCUCUGCGCCGGAGGGGAGCUCUUCGACCGCAUCAUACAGAGGGGCCACUACAGCGAGCGCAAGGCCGCCGAGCUCACCAGGAUCAUCGUCGGGGUCGUCGAGGCGUGCCACUCGCUCGGCGUCAUGCAUCGCGAUCUCAAGCCGGAGAACUUCCUCCUGGUCAAUAAGGACGACGAUUUGUCCCUGAAGGCUAUUGAUUUCGGGCUCUCGGUGUUCUUCAAGCCUGGUCAGAUUUUCACUGAUGUUGUCGGAAGCCCGUACUAUGUUGCUCCUGAGGUACUGUGCAAGCACUAUGGACCAGAAGCUGAUGUCUGGACGGCUGGUGUUAUACUUUAUAUAUUAUUGAGUGGUGUACCACCAUUUUGGGCUGAAACGCAGCAAGGAAUAUUUGAUGCGGUUCUGAAGGGGGUUAUUGAUUUUGACUCGGAACCAUGGCCUGUGAUUUCUGAUAGUGCAAAAGAUCUUAUAACAAAGAUGCUCAAUCCUCGUCCUUCAGAGCGGUUGACAGCCCAUGAAGUUCUAUGUCACCCCUGGAUAUGUGAGAAUGGAGUUGCUCCUGAUCGGCCGCUGGAUCCAGCUGUCCUUUCUCGCCUCAAACAAUUUUCAGCCAUGAAUAAGUUAAAAAAAAUGGCUUUGCGAGUAAUAGCUGAAAGCCUCUCAGAGGAGGAGAUUGCUGGAUUAAAAGAAAUGUUUAAGACGAUGGACACUGAUAGCAGUGGUGCUAUUACAUUUGAUGAGCUAAAAGCUGGUCUGCGAAGAUAUGGUUCUACACUGAAGGAUACGGAGAUUCGUGAUCUAAUGGAGGCUGCCGACAUCGACAACAGUGGUACUAUCGAUUAUGGAGAAUUCAUUGCUGCGACUGUACAUCUUAACAAACUGGGGCGGGAAGAACAUCUGGUUGCAGCUUUUCAAUAUUUUGAUAAAGAUGGAAGUGGCUACAUAACAGUUGAUGAGCUCCAGCAAGCUUGUGUGGAGCACAACAUGACGGAUGCUUUCCUUGAAGAUAUCAUUAAAGAAGUGGAUCAGGAUAAUGACGGUCGCAUUGACUACGGCGAGUUUGUCGCAAUGAUGCAAAAAGGCACUAUGGGGCUUGGAAGACGGACGAUGAGAAACAGCCUGAAUAUAAGCAUGAGGGAUGCAGCUGGCACUCGCUGAAUUUUUCACCGUGUACAGGUUUUGUGUUGUUUCUGCUGAUCUUUGCCUUUUCCUGUCAUCUUUUUGUAUCUUGGGUUGUGAGAUGACUGAAAGUGUAUGAGAAGUGGCACUUCCUGAUAUAUUUGGUUUAACUGUCACGGUUUAUUAUUUGAGUAAUUAUUCUCUAGUGCAGGUGUGUGGUCACUCUGGGUAGGUUUAACAUGCUGCAAGAGCCCAUAAGCCUACUCUUAAAUGUACUAUUAACUAGCAUAUAUUAAGUUAUUAGAUCUGUUCAGGGAAUUUAAAGAAAAUAUGGGUCGAGUUGAACUGCAACAACCCAUUUCAUCUGUAUCAUACCUUUUGUUUAUUCCAGUUUAAGGUCAUAGAAUCUGUUAACUGUGCAUCAGAUGAUAAAAAGGCACAGCAAAGUUGUGAGAAGUUGGCCUCUUCGUAUCAUUCUAGGGUUUAA